AUGGGCUGGGACAACAUGGAGCCAAAUGGAACGGAGGGCAGCAACUUCUACAUCCCCAUGAACAACCGCACUGGACUGGUCAGGAGUCCUUAUGAAUACCCUCAGUACUACCUGGGCGAUCAUUUGAUGUUUAAGUUUCUGGGUGUCUACAUGUUCUUCCUCAUCUGCACCGGAUUUCCCAUCAACUUCCUCACGCUUUUUGUAACAUUUCAAAACAAGAAGUUGCGGCAACCUCUCAAUUUCAUCCUGGUUAACCUGGCCGUAGCUGGUCUCAUCAUGGUGUGCUUUGGAUUCACGAUUGCAUGUGUCUCCUCCUUUAGUGGAUACUUUCUUUUUGGAACACUGGGAUGUGCAAUUGAAGGAUUUAUGGCUACUCUUGGGGGUCAGGUUUCUCUCUGGUCUCUGGUCGUGCUGGCUGUCGAAAGAUACAUUGUUGUUUGCAAACCAAUGGGAAGCUUCAAAUUCACUGGCACUCAUGCAGCCGUCGGAGUUGCCUUCACCUGGAUCAUGGCCGCGACAUGUGCAGUCCCCCCUCUUGUUGGAUGGUCCAGAUACAUCCCUGAGGGUCUGCAGAUCUCCUGUGGUCCUGACUACUACACUCAGGCUCCAGGGUUCAAUAAUGAGUCCUAUGUGUUGUACUUGUUCACCUGCCACUUCUGCUUGCCAAUGGGAACCAUCUUCUUCACCUACGGCAGCCUGGUGCUCACUGUCAAAGCUGCAGCAGCGCAGCAGCAGGACUCAGCCUCAACUCAGAAGGCCGAGAGGGAGGUGACCCGCAUGUGUGUCCUCAUGGUGCUGGGUUUCCUGGUGGCCUGGGUCCCUUAUGCCAGCGUUGCCGCCUGGAUCUUCUUCAAUAAGGGAGCUGCUUUCUCUGCCACUGCCAUGGCCAUUCCUGCCUUCUUCUCCAAGAGCUCUGCACUGUUUAACCCUGUUAUUUACGUGCUCAUGAACAAACAGUUCCGUAACUGCAUGCUCAGUGCAGUUGGUAUGGGAGGCAUGGUUGAUGAUGAGACCUCAGUAUCAACCAGCAAGACAGAAGUGUCCUCCGUCUCUUAA